AUGGGCAGGGACCAGCUACUAUUAGACCCAGAGUUAAAUCCAGAUAAUCUUGAAAGAGAAGCAAAGGAAUCUAUCUCCAGUUUAAAAGCGUCCUGGAGUGAAGCGGCGAAGAGUAAUCCGGGAUCUUUAAAUAUUGAUGAGUUUCUAGCGCUUGAACACCCGGAGUCAAGUAUGAGCCUUCUAAUUUCUGAUCUAGAACACUUGUUAAAUAAGUAUGAUGAGAAUGGGGAUGGCAAGCUAACAAAGGCUGAAUUUACCAAGGAGCCUUUUAUUCAACAAUCUCCAGAAGAAAUCCAAAUACGGGAGGAACACUUUGUCAGUGGACUGGACAUUGAUCACAACGGAGUAGCAGACAGGCGGGAAAUGAUCAAUUUUCUUGAUCCUAAAAACCGGUUUUGGGCAGCUGAAGAGGCUAGAAUACUAUUAAAAAAUGGCGACGCUAAUUUUGAUGGUCUCCUUUCAUUGCAGGAGAUACUGAUGAACCCCGAGCUAUUUCUCAAAUCUAAAUUUGUAAAUCCACAUCUCUACUUUCAUCCAGAGAUAAUCCUUCAUCCAGAUCUAUAGAAAUCAAAUAUACUGAGGGACCCACAAAGCAUGGGACUUCACUAUAGUAUCCUUUAUAGAUCUAUCUACAGGGUAACCCACA